AUGAACAGAAGCUAUAACUGCUCUUUACCCAUUUCUACUGAAGAAAUCGUUUUCGCCACAUUGUACUCGUUGAUCGUUUUCUUUGGCGUCUUGGGGAACGUAAUUGUUAUCACCAUCGUGCGCAACACGCCUUCAAUGCACACGCCAACUAACUACUUACUGUUGAACCUGGCUGUUGGCGAUUUGAUAGCGCUGUUGUUUUGCCCCGGUUUCUAUGAAUUUGCUCUAAAAAACGUCCAACUCGGUGCAACAGUUGGAGACGUCAUGUGCAAGCUUUUCUUUGGAAACGCCACUGUUUGUGUCGCCUGGGACGCCUCGAUUUUAACUCUUUGUGUCAUUGCAAUAGAACGGUUCAAUGGUAUCGUUAAACCAUUCAACAACGACUGGGCUCUCACGAAAAAGAGAGUAUCCCUGGCUAUUGUCAUUAUUUGGGUAAUGGCAGUUACUUCAAGCUUUCCGGACAUUUUAUUGACCAAGCAUAUCAAUAAUCGAAGUCCCUUGCAUUUCUGCAGACCUUGCACCCGUCCAUGGACCGUUCUUAAUCAGUCUUUCCUGGUGAAAACUUACACUGUCACUCAUUCUGUCGUUUUGAUCGUGUUUCCCUCUGCUAUAAUUCUAUUCUGCUAUAUUUCUGUCUUCUCAGCAUUGAAGAGGGGCCCAGGAGACUCGCUACCAGACAAAAUGAAUCGAAAGAAGACGCAAAAGCUUUUAAAACUUCUGGUUUCUUUAGCAGUGGCAUUUUGCGUAUUGUGCCUUCCGUUUGCAGGAUUUUUUUUCUAUGUCCCUGCGCACGAUGUGAGGGACGCUAAAUCGGACACAUCUUUGUUACUCACGCUCAGAAUUGUUCGUUUUCUUGCCUUUUCCAAUUCUUUUGUUAAUCCACUGUUAUACGCUGCCCAGAGCCCGAAUUACAGACUUGCUCUGAAGAAAUAUUUAUGUUGUAGAAAUAACGCAAACGCUGGUAGAGACCAAAGUUUACGAAUGGCUAACAGGAGUAGGAAAUAUAAACGUGAUCAAGUUGUGAAAGCGGAAGAAGGAGUUUAA